UUCCCACAUGCGAUCAGUCGGUGCUGGGGGCUGUAGCGGGAGCAGAGUGCUAGGACUAUUUCCAUGCAAUGUCGUUGUAGUUACAUGUCUAUUACUAUGUGGAUUGACUGAUUUAUCAUCAAAACUAGCUUAAAAGUCAAAGACUUACUGAAAAAGACGGUUACAUUUUUGCAGGCAUAAUUUCAAAGAAAUGGAUCCCAUAAGGAAGUGGACCCCUAAACAAGUUGUCGAUUGGAUGAGAGGCCUGGACGACAGCCUACAGCAGUAUGUCCCAUACUUUGAGCGGGAGAAGAUUGACGGGGAGCAGCUGUUGAAGAUCUCCCACCAGGACCUCCUAGAGCUGGGGAUGACCAGGAUCGGACACCAGGAACUGGUGCUGGAGGCUGUCGACCUGCUCUGUGCUCUGAACUACGGGGUGGAGACAGACAACCUGAAGACUCUGGUGGGUCGUAUGAGAGCGGCGUCCAACAACCUCCAGAACUCAGCGUCUGAGCGCAGGAAGAACCCGUCGUACGAGAGGAAAAACUCCCACAAACCCCCCAACGACUUCCUCACUGCCGUGGUGGAGCUAAUCGGAGCCGCCAAGAGUCUGCUGGCCUGGCUGGACAGGACUCCUUUGACAGGGAUCAGUGACUUCACCUCCACUAAGAACCGGAUCAUUCAGCUGUGUCUGGAGCUCACCUCCACUGUUCAGAAGGACUGCACAGUUUAUGAGAUGGAGGAGAAGAUACUACAAGUAUCUGUGGCUCUGAACGUAAUCUGUGAGCAGACAAUGAGGAUGACCUCCGACCCUCAGAAGAGUCAGUCGGCCUGUCUGGAGGAGGUCCACAUCACCAACGUCAGACCUGGAGAAGGACUGGGGAUGUAUAUCAAAUCCACCUACGACGGGCUUCACGUCAUCACUGGAACCACAGAACAUUCUCCGGCAGACAGAACACACAGGAUCCAUGCUGGAGACGAGGUCAUCCAGGUCAACAAGCAGACAGUGGUGGGCUGGCAGCUGAAGAACCUGGUGGGUAAGCUGAAGGCGGACACCGCCGGCGUUAGUCUGGUGGUGAAGAAGAGGCCCUCGGGUACCUGUAGCUUCACCCCAGCCCCCCUAAAGAACAUGCGCUGGAGGCCCCCCCUGGUGCAGAGUGCCCCCAGUAUGCCCAAGAUCCAGUCUCCAAAACAUGCCCCCUCUGAAGCCCUCAUGAAGAAAGAGAAGCAGACCAAUCUGGACCUGUUUAUCCCUCCUCCACCCACUGUCCCAUACACCCCACGGGAUGGGAAGCCUAAAGUGAGUGUGAAGGUCCAACUGAGACCAAAGGGUUCUCAGUCUCCUAACUCCUUCCUGGAUGAGGGUAGACGACGCUUCACCAUCGCAGACUAUGACAACAAGAUCAAAGUCUGUCCUCCCCCUGAGCCCAACAUCCAACCAGCCCCAGUAGCCCGCCUGAGACAACGGACCUCCACAAGGGGUAAACAGCGGCCCCUGUCCAUGCCUGUAGACUCGUGUUUGGGCAUGUCGGAUUCGUCCUCCAGACCCUGGCCUCAAGGGAGGAAAGGAGAGGACAUCCUCCACAGAUACCUGAGUAACGAGCGGAUUGCCACCAUCUCUGAGGAGGCCCCGUACUUUCCACUACCCUACAGACCCCUGGAGGGGCGGUCUGGCCAGCUGAUCCAUGGCGUCGACCACAUUAGGGGCUCCCAGUGCUUCAUCAAUGCUGACUUGCACAACAGCACCACCAUCCCAUACCGGGAGGCAUCAUCCAAAAAUUCCCCAGCUACGACUGUGAUCCCUGCUGCUGCUACUCCCAAACAUCCUCCUUCGGAACCCACUUCGAUCCUGGGGGGCUGGCUAGCCCGCCUCAGGCUGCUGAGUCAUUGACGAGUGCCUCGACCUUGUGGAACAUGUCGCCCCCCCCACAGUGCCUUUACCUUGCUAUCAUCGAAUAAUGGUCUGGCUACUCUACUCAGUAUUCCGACUUACACGUACCAAACCUGGAACGUUCUGUUGGAACUUGGAGCGCUAAAGCAGCCUUUGGAAGCUCUGACGGAAGGUCUUGCUUAAUUUCAACACCGCAUAAUGUAGUGGUAGACCAUUUGGUUGGAUCUCUUGCUACAUUUGAACUCCUCGGGGUGACACAUUUUUCGUUUAGAUUCAAAAUGCUGACAGAUUCUGACAGUGUUCCAUCUUUUGUGGAGGGAUAAAAGAAAAUGCCAAGUAUAAAUAAGUAUUAUAGAAAAUAAUUCAGGUUUAGGAAACGUUUGCCUUGCUUCUGUAGGUGAACUCUCCUAUGUGUAAACUGUUAAGUUAUUUAGUUUGUGUCUGUCUAGAGACUUCUUGUAAAUAUGUUUAGAUCUUUUUCAGAAGUUGAUUUGAUUUCAGUUGGAAUUUGAUAUAGAUACAAUGCCUAUCAUUUUUACUGGAGCUAGUGUGCUUCUCUCUUCAUAGUGUUCCAUGUUAUUAUGCGCUGGAAAUGACUGCCAGAGUUGGCCUUUUUUUAAGCUACCGUGUGUCCAGUGCUGUAACAAACCGUGUCAGUGUGUGUGCAUGCGUCCGUGAGUGUGUGUGUAUGUGUGUGUGUGUGUGAGUGAGUGAGCGAGCGUCCGUGAGUGUGUGUGUCCGUGCGUGUGUGUGAGUGAGCGUCCGUGUG